AGUGUUAAAAAAAAAGCAUCAGACAUCAAUCACGAUGAACGUUCUAGUCUGCACAGUUCUCUUGGCGUCCGUCCUCUUAGCUUCCGCACAUCCGGAAGAACAAGGCAGAACAGACACUUCUGGUCCAUUACGUUUCUUGGUAACGCCAAAGACGAUUACAUCCACUGUAACCGUCACAUCUACCGGAACCGCAACUGUAGGUAUCACGACGAGUUGCGUGAAACCAGCGGCGGGCCUUGCCAACUGUCGCAAACGCCGCAACGUCAUGGAAGUGCCUCUCAUCCUGGAAGUGGAAGAUGAUGAAGAAAUCGAUCCUUCUGAACCCAUUGAGGUGGUCGUUACGGCCUAUCCGGAGAUGCGUUCGUUAGAGGAUUCUAGCGCCGUACCGGUGAUGGAAGUCCAGCCUUCCAUCGACAACACUGCAGGCAUGGUUGAAGUUCAGAUCUAUGACAUGGAUAGUAUCUGCAAAGCCCGAUUGGCUAAUCCAUUUUUCGGCGUCGGUUUGGCUCAACUAUUUGGCAUUACGGUGCUGCACUCAACGACUGUAACAGCCACCCAACAGGUCACGUCAACGACCACCACCGUGGCCAAAAUGAACACGAUUGAACUGGCCGGUUGUCUACCAAGCCCACUGCCCUUUAGCGUUUGUAAGUAAGUGUGGAUUGAUGUUAUUUGAAUACG